AUGGAUACAUUGAUAGGUAAAUUUAAAGAACAAAUUGAUGGAAAGAAAUACUUGCUCGUGUUGGAUGAUGAUCAAGCAAAAUGGUCUAAAUUGAAAGAAGUGUUGAUGGGUGGUGCAAAAGGCAGUAGAAUAUUAGUGACUACACGUAGUGAAAAGGUUGCAAGGGUUACCGGAACAGUUGAGUCAUAUUUCUUAUGGGGAUUAGGGGAACACGCUUCAUGGUCUUUAUUUAAGCAAAUGGCUCUUGAGAAAGGACAAGAACCGGAGGAGAAUUUAAGAAUUGUAGCAAUUGGGAGGGAGAUCCUAGAAAAGUGUUCAGGUGUCCCACUGGCCAUAGGACAAUUGGAAGCUUAUUACGCUUCAAAAAUUCAGAAGCAGAGUGAUUAUUGGAUUUGUAGAUCAAGACUGAUUCAACUUUGGAUCGCACAAGGGUUUGUCAAGUUAUCUGAUCAAAACCAAUGCUUGGAAGAUGUUGGUAAUGAGUAUUUUAUGGAUCUGCUUUGGAGAUCAUUAUUUCAUGAAGCUAAAAUGGAUGAAUUUGGUAACGUAAUUGGAUGCAAAAUGCAUGACCUCAUGCAUGAUCUUUCCAUAUCAGUGGCAGGAUCGAUGAUCACCACAUUAGAUGAUAAUAAGAGACACGUUGAUGAAAAAACUCGUCAUGUAUCAAUUGUUGGUUACGAUAUUGACGCUUUAUCAAUUAAAACUUCAUUGUGUAAAGCAAGUAGGAUAAGAACAUUUCUUUGUCGUCCUACUUCCAACAACUUUUGGGGUGAGUCAGAUUGUGAUGCAAUUUUUUCAAGUUCCAAGUUAUUGCGUGUGUUGGGCCUGCAUGAGAGAAAUCUUGAUUUUUUUCCAAGCUCUAUUGAGAAGUUGAAGCAUUUAAGACAUCUUGAUCUUUCUUGGAACCACAAUCUCAAGAAGCUACCAAAUUCUAUAACCAGGUUGCAGAAUUUGCAAACACUAACACUCUCAUUUUGUGAUGAGCUUGUAGAAUUGCCGAGAGACAUUAAAAGGUUAGUCAAUCUCAGGCAUCUUGAGAUAGAUGGAUGUUAUCAGUUGACUUAUAUGCCAUGUGGAUUUGGGAAAUUAACUAAUCUUCAGACUUUAACGAACUUUGUGGUUGACAAGGAUCUUCUCUCUAGGCAUAGCAGUGCGUUAACAGAACUAAACGGACUAAAUAACCUAAGAGGAAAGUUUGAUAUUGAAAAUAUGAGACGUGGGAAAGAUGCUAUAUCAGAAUGUAAGGCUGCAAAUUUAAAGGAGAAACAACAUCUUCAUGCUUUGGAUUUUCGGUGGAGUAUUGAAGGAGGUGUCAAUGAUACAGACGUUACUAUUGAUGAUGAAGUAUUAUUGGAAGUCCUCCAACCACACCCAAAUCUGAAACAACUUUGUUUAAAAGGCAAUUGCAGUUCAAGGUUUCCGAGUUGGCUUUUGUCACUUACAAAUCUUGUUACAUUUGAUUUAUGGAAGUGUACAAAAUGCCAAUAUCUACCAUUCUUGAGUCAACUGCCUUCGCUCAAGUAUCUCUCUCUUUCACAUUUGGAUGCUAUGGAGUACAUAUCAGUCGAUUGUGAUAGCAAAGAGUUCUCUUCCUUUUUCCCAUCCCUCAAGUAUAUCCGGCUGAAUCGUUGCCAUAAUCUCAAGGGGUGGUGGAGGAGGGGGGAUUUAUCUAUGGAGGUCAAUAGUGAUAGUCAUAAUUCCGUUGAAAUAAUGGAGCAUCCUUUGCUCUGUUCCUUUCCUCGUCUUUCACCAUUAAAGAUCUGGAAUUGCCCAAUGUUGACUUCCAUACCAAUAUUUCCACAUCUUGAAGAACAGUUGGACCUAGAGAAUGUUAACUGGAAGCCAUUGGAACAGACAAUGAUGAUGAAUAUGGUAGCACUACAAAGCCCAAUGUCAACAACAAUACCCUCUUCUUCAUCCACUCCUCUCAAAAUUGAAGUCUAUACAGCUGGUUUCCAUUGUGGAUCUAGAAAUUCUGCCAGAGGAGUGGUUGAAAAACCUCACCUCUCUCGAGUCUUUAAAAAUAGGGAACUGCAAUAG